AUGUGGUUCAGCGACUAUCUCGAGGCCUGCUCGGAAGAGUUAUAUGCACGCCCCCUCGCUGACGUCGUGAUAAGCCCAUCGUUUUACCUGCGGUUCCUAAAGGAGGCCAUUGCGUGCCCUCACUGCUCAGACCACAUCGAUACCUUCCUGACGUGGUUCCACCCUCAUCUGAAGAAGAGAAUCGACGAGGAGUUGGAUCAGAUUAAGCUCAAUAUUGUCUCAUAA